AUGGCCUCGUUGAGGGGACUUUAUUGUGAAGUUUCUCAGAAAGACUCCACUAGCAUCGACUCGCCUGCGUCCCAAGUACUUGUUCAAAGACUCUUUAUUUAUUUUUUUCAGAUCUUCACACGCUACGGAAAAUGCUACACCUUCAAUUCGGGACAGGACGGACGGCCACUGCUGGUCACCAUGAUGGGAGGGAUGGGAAACGGGCUGGAGCUGAUGCUGGAUAUCCAGCAGGACGAGUAUCUGCCUGUGUGGGGAGAGACUGAUGAGACGUCUUUCGAAGCGGGAAUCAAAGUCCAGAUCCACACGCAGGAUGAGCCGCCUUUCAUCGAUCAGCUGGGAUUUGGAGUGGCUCCAGGCUUCCAGACGUUCGUCUCCUGCCAAGAACAGCGGCUGACAUAUCUUCCUCCUCCAUGGGGUGACUGUAAGGCUUCAGCAAUGGACUCUGAUUUUUUCAGCACAUACAGUAUCACCGCCUGCCGCAUUGACUGUGAGACACGCUAUCUGGUGGAGAACUGCAACUGCCGCAUGGUGCACAUGCCUGGAGAUGCUCCAUAUUGCACUCCAGAACAGUAUAAGGAGUGUGCAGAUCCCGCUCUAGAUUUUCUGGUGGAGAGAGACAAUGACUACUGCGUUUGCGAGACGCCCUGCAACAUGACGCGCUAUGGCAAAGAGCUGUCCUUCGUCAAGAUCCCCAGCAAAGCCUCGGCCAAAUACCUGGCCAAGAAGUUCAACAAGACGGAGCAGUACAUCGCAGAAAACAUCCUGGUGCUGGACAUCUUUUUCGAGGCCCUGAACUACGAGACCAUCGAGCAGAAGAAAGCCUACGAGAUAGCCGGCCUUCUUGGUGACAUUGGCGGACAGAUGGGCCUGUUCAUCGGGGCCAGUAUCUUAACCAUCCUGGAGCUCUUUGACUAUCUGUACGAGGUGAUCAAGUUCAAACUGUGUCGCUGUGCCAAGAAGAAACACCAGCGGAGCAGCAACGGCGAUCGAGGAGCCGUUCUCAGCCUGGAUGACGUGAAGCGUCACGCUCCCUGUGACAACCUUCAUACCCCGUCAACAUACCCAGCCAACAUGCUACCUCACCAUCCUGGCCAGGGCAACUUCGAAGACUUCACCUGUUGAGCGUAAAGUAAGAGCCUGACAGAGAACAACCAAAGCUGACCACAUCAGUACGGACUCCUUUCACAACCGGACAGUACAGUAUAAACCUUCUGGAUCUGCGACACACUAGAAAACCACCAUGUCUUGACAUAUCCAGAUGUCGGAGGAAUGGUGCCGAUCAACAAAGUUUAUUUUCACUAAAAUGUUCCAUGGGAAACUUUUGAUGUUUUUUGAACAUUUCAAGGAAAUACUGCCUCAAAAACGAAACUCCUUGAAGUCUAAGAAUUGACACAUUAGGGGACUUGGACAUCGAAUAGCUUUCUGCAGCUGGACCCUGAUGCCUUCCGUCCGUGUACAUAGUGUUGGCUCUUAACUGUCUUAAGACCAGUGGCUUACGUAGGUCAGUAGAUAUAGCGCUUAUUCACUGUAUGUAGCCUCAUUUGUCCAUUGAUCUGCUGGAUCGAUUCAGCCUCGGUGUAUCUCACGAGAAUGUAACUUUCUGAAAAAGGUGGCCAUUACAAGCAUUAAAAGUGGGAUUUUAGGACGCUGGAGGGUUCAGAUCCCAUAUGACAUUGUGUUACAGGUCUCAUCUUGUAAAUGCAUGCUGGUCAUCUUGUGCAUGUUUUUCGUUUUAUUUAGAUUUUAUUAUUUCCAUCGCCAAGUUAGCCUCAAUUAUACACAAGUGUUGGAAGAUGGUGUAAAGUUGGUUUUCAUGUGUAUAUGCGUGCGUGUGCAGGUUUUAACAGGAUAACAUUUCUCAGUGACCCCAGAGUAAUAGCAGGCUGAUGAAACUUGUCAGAAUAUCUCUUCAAUUAUAAAAUGUUUCAAAAGUAAUCAAUGUUUAAAUUCAUAUCUAAAAAUGGCAAAAUGUAGGAUUAGUCUGUUGCAUAAUUAGUAGGAAUGGAACGGUGCAUAGAUGUCACGGUUCGGUAUGUACCUCGGUUCUGGGGUCAUGGUUCGAUAACAUUUCGGUACAACAGGAGAAAAAAAAAAAAAAUCUACUAUGCUCGGUUUCUUUUCAUUUAUUUUGAACAGACAGAUGUGAAAAUACUAAAUAUUAUUAUUGAUAUAUAUGUAAAAAAAUCUACAGUAUACAAGGAAUAAUAUACAAGGAACAAAUAUAUUGAAUAUAUAUUCGAUUUAGUUUACGGAUAAACAAGGGGGAAAAAAACAGUGCGGCACAUAAUGUAUCCUAUAUCUCAAAUGGCAGAAAGCCAUAUCCUAUCUGUUUUCUUUAUUUUACAAAAGCACAAUGUUUUGUUUUCAUUGUGAGUGUACACAAAUAAAAGCAGAUCUUUAUACAGUGAUGCAGUAAUAAUAAGACAAUAAGUGUUUAAAGUUGAUUCUGCUGGAGUGAGGAAACAGGAAUUAAGUGAUCGUGCUGACACGCUCGCGCACACACACACACACAAACACAAAAUCAGUUCCAGCAUUGCUAACUUGACAGUGCAGUUGGUACUUUAUCAAAAUAAAAUACAGUGAACCAAAACAUCAGCGUGCCUGGCCCUGUGUCACCGUUGGAACAAAACUGAAGUACAAAGCCUAUAAUUUACAUAAUAAAUAAUAGUUUAGCAAACAGAGACAUUACAUUGCAAAUAUGGAAAUAUUAUGGUGUAUUUGGAUUUGUGCCGAAUUAGCAUACACGAGCACAAAGCUCCAUUUCGCAAACCAUUAAGUUCACAAGUCUUUAAAGUACACACCAUUGUCAGUCUGUGAGAGACACAUUCAGAAUCAACACAUGCUCACUGUCUGGGAUUUGUGCGCAACUCAUGGCAUUCGCUAUUCUUCUGCUGGCAGUUGGUUAUCAAACAUUGCUACGGGCGCCCCCUUCAAGAUUGGGGUGAAUUGCCUGCAUUCAUUGUAAGGCACCAAAUCGAGAUGUCCAUACCGUGACGGUUAGGUACGAAAACAUGUAUCGUUCCAACCUUAAUGAUUAGUAUAUAUGACUAACAAGAAAUGUUAAUGGGAAGCCCCCAACAGAUAUUUGGACACAUGAUUAUGAAUACAU